CAGCUUUACAAUCCUUACCUUUAUUUACCAUGCUUACUCUAUUACCUAUGACAUCUAUGGUAUGCAUACAUAACCUUACUUCAUAAUAUUAUAAAUAAUAAAAUAAGUCUUUAAGCAUGGUUAGAUUUAAAAACAGAUAUGUGACAGUUGAAAUUACUCCAGUCGAGAAGCAUUCCGCCAAAAUAUUCGAACUUAAACCUAAUGGGCUGUAUAAUGCUAUUAUUGCAAAGGUGCAACAAUUGCAUGGGGAUUUUGGAGUUGCUGCAAUCAAAGCCGGAUUCGUAGCUAAAUAUUGUAAUAAAUUAACCAGGAUUGCAUUAGUUAAAGUAAGACAUGGACCACAUAGAUUUGUCACGAGCUCAUUGCCCUUUAUUACAAGUAUUGAUACAAAAGCCGUUACUAUAAGGACGUUAUAUACAGGUGCUACAAUAAAACAAUGUUUCAAGUUUAUCAUUGGUUACCAAAAAACAAAAUUAAUUGAAACCUUACGCACGUUUAAAACAAAUGAGGAAAAAGAAAAUUUCAGAAAAGCAAUUAUGGAUUUAGAAACAAUUGCUAAAGUUACGUAG